UUCGGUUACUUGGGGAAAAGUACUGUGUGCGAGCAGCGAGAAGGACACAGUUCACGCAGUACCGUAAAAAUAUUCUAAAAUAUUGCCGAAAAUGAGUGUUGUAAUAAGUGUAUAGGUUAAAUUAGGUUAGCAUUUUAUACCGUGUUCACAACAGAAGCAUUUUAGGACGAGCACAGCAGCUAUUUCACCGUGCUAUUUAGUGUUUGUGUGGUUUGCUCCGCUACAAAAGGAACCGUUAGAGUGAGCGAGAGAGAGCACGCAGUAGCUUGCUUGCUGGUUUGCUGUACACACCGCAAGAGUCAAGAUGGCCGAUCUGGACGCAGUGAAUCUCGGGCUAGAUGAAACGGAACGGGACAUUGCGGAAGCGCUGGAAAAUUCAUACGACACCCGGUCGGAAGCUUCCGGCGAUGGGGACGGUGAUGAUGCUAACGAGCCGGACGCAGAUGACGGUGGUGAUGCAUCGCAUCCAAGCAUCAGUUCGGUCAGCUCGGCCGAAUCCGACUCCGGUACCGAUCUGGAGGAGGAGGACAACGAUGACGGCGGGGGUGGCAAUAAAAAGAAAAAAGCGGAUAGCAAAACCACCCAACAGGAAAAUGGCGCCUCGAAGGAUAAGCAGACGGUGAAGAAAAAGGUGAAAACAGUGACCGCGACUCAAAACAAUGCUGAAAAGGAGGAGGACGAAGACGACGAAGCUGACAAUGAUGAUGAUGAUGAUGACGACGAGGACGAGGAGGAGGAGGAGGAAAAUGACGAUCCGAUGGAGGAGGAGGAUGAGGAUGAAGAUGAUGAUGAGGAGGAGGAGGAGGAGGAGGAAGACGACGAGGAAGAGGACGAUGAAGAUGAUCAAGACGAGCGGCGUAAUAAUAAGCGUGUGAAAAAAUCUAAAAACACUUCCGGAAAGACCGUAGUGACCAAGAAAAAGGUGGUUGCUAAGAAGGCCGCCACCACCACUAAGCAGCCCGUUAAGAAGAAGGCAAAGACUACUGCUACCGCCACGAAAGAAGCGCCGGAUAAGACAACGACUGCGGAGAAGAAGAAAAAGAAGGCCGCCGGUGUGGGGCAGGAUGGUAAAAAGGCGGGUGGUAAGAAGAAGGAGGAGAAGGAUGCCACUGCGAGCAAUGGUCCGGAGGAGAAGGACGAUGCGGCCAAUAACAGCACCAACAAUGCGAACGACACGAGCACUAGUAGCAGCAGUAGUAGCAGCAGCAGCAGUAGCAGCAGCGAGGGCGGCAGCAAGAAGGGCGAUCGCAAGUCUCGAAGUCGCAGCCCAGCGUCCGGUGCACCGGAGGCCAAGCGCAGUCGCACGAAAGCCGCCGGCAAUGCGUCCGGUACGAAAAAUACGGUCAAAUCGUACGACUACGUGACGAAGAUCAACUAUCUUUUCCGCGAGGCUCGUUUCUUUCUGAUCAAAUCGAACAAUCACGACAAUGUGGCACUGUCCAAGGCGAAGGGUGUGUGGUCAACGUUGCCCCCGAACGAGGCGAAUCUGAACCAAGCGUUCCGGGAAAGCCGCAACGUUAUACUGCUGUAUUCGGUGAAGGAAAGCGGCAAGUUUGCGGGUUUUGCGCGCAUGGGUGCGGAAGCGCGGCGCGAUUUGCCGGCCGUUGACUGGGUGCUGCCACCGGGCAUGUCCGCCAAAGCGCUCGGUGGGGUGAUCAAGAUCGAUUGGGUUUGCAAGAAGGAGCUGCCGUUUACCAGCACCUCGCACCUGUACAACGCCUGGAACGACGAUAAGCCGGUGAAGAUUGGUCGGGACGGGCAGGAGAUUGAGCCGAAGGUGGCCGAGGAGCUGUGUCGACUGUUUACCGAGGACACGAGCAUCGACAUGACGCCGAUACUGAAGAAAUCGAAGGAAGCGUCCAAGUUGAUGAAGGAAAAGGCUGCCUCGAAGUCGUUCCGCAGCCGGCCACCGAACUUUGGGCGGCCCACCUCCUCGUCGCUAAGAAGUCGUAGCAGUGGAGGCAACGGGGGAGGAGGUAGCAUUGGACCGAUCCGGCGCGGUGGGCGACGCAUGUAUCCGGGCCCGAAGGGUGGACGGGAUGGUGGCGGAGGCGGAAGUCGUUCGCACGGUGCUAGCUCAAUGUUUGCUCCAUACCGCAAGGAUCGGCUUGGUGGUGGAGGAAGCGGUGGCAUGGGUGGAGGCGGAAGUCGCCAUGGUGGACAUGGAAUGGGCGGCGGUUUACGUAUGGGCAUGGGCGGUGGAAAUGGUGGCGAUGGCGGAGAUCGUGGCGGUGGUGGGGGUGGUCUUUCGCGGGCGGCUGCCCUCGGAGCGAUGCAUCAUCCGGCCCAUCACCAUCGCUGGGCGGAUGGGUACAGCUCAACGGCUGCGGCCGAGGCGUACGUCGCCGACUAUAUGCGCAACAUGCAAAAUCAGCUGCCACCGAUGCCGUACGCACCACCGCCCGGCUUCCCAGGCAUGCCGAUGCCGUACGAUAAUAUGCCGCCACCGCCACGGUACUACGAGGGUUUGCCGAUACCGGAAUACCCAAUGCCGCCCGGCUCCAUUCCCGGCAGUGUAACGGGAGCCGGUGGGAUGCCUCCGCCGCGGAGCCAUGCGGCUGCGGCGGCGGCUGCCGCUGCGAUGUACGACAAGCGUGCGUACGAGCAAUCGAUGGAGGAGUUUAUGUGGAAAUCGGCCAACAGCAUGAGCGCAGGAAGCACUGGCAGUGGAGGAGGUGGCGGAACCGGUGGCACUGGUGGCAAUGGCGGUGGGCAGGGUGGUGGUGGAGGUUUGAGCAGCGCGGUCGGUGGAAUGGUUGGUGGCAUACCGACGAUGAAGGGACCGCCACCGGUUCUGCCCAGCCACGGCUAUCACGUGCCUCCGCCGAUGAUUCCUCCGAUGCAUCACCAUCACAUGCACCGUAAGAAUGACCGUGGCGAUGGAGGUUUGGGAAACUCGUCCGACCGUGGACAACAGCGUGGCGGAGACAGGGAUCGUUCCAAUAAUCGCAGCGAUCGCAACCAGCACCGUGGUGGAGGUGGUGGUGGUGGUGUCGGAGGAGGUGGCCGUGGGUAUAACAAUCGUGAUAGGCGAUGAUUCGAAGCUUCAACGCAGCACCAGUAUUCUCCAUCCGAUCAGUUUUAGUAUUAGGAAGGAGGAAUCGAAUCGAAACUCGGAUGCACCAGCAGUGUGUGCAUCUUGAAACCAUCCCAUCGUCACGCUUGUCCCAUCAUCGUGUGCAAUAUUGUGAAGGGCAUCAGUUUAGGUGAUCACCCUCGGCAACAACGUGCGCGCUCCAUUCGGUGCACCCAUCUCUGGUCUUAAACGUCUUCUUCGUGCGGAACCGUGCGACCGGGAGCGAUCGAUAUGGGCGGUCGGUCACUCGGGCCCGAUCACUGUCGUUCGCGAGUCGGUUCCGUGCAUCGCCUGCCGUUACAGCAUGUCUUCUUUCGUCACCCAGCAAACCCCCCAGCAUCAUCAGGCCAGCCAGCCAGCCAGCCAGCAUUUGGGACACCUAAAAUGUCUUCCGAUACGUUUCGGUGUCCCCCCCCCCGCUAUGCUGUGCAUCUCAUCUCACACCUACGUCACCGGGUAUCGCCAUCGAGACGGCGAUAAGGAUGCUAUCCGCGUCUUUAACACCGUCUACAUCGGAGAAAGGACACCAGCGACAAGAGGCUACCUCCCAAGGAUGGUAGCCUAGCUAGUCGGUGGUACGGGCAGCAAUAACGGGCCGGAUCACGAGCCGUCGACAACACUAAUGUGCGCGUUUGGUGCAUUUUUGUGUCUGCGAGAUUGUGCGCGAGUGCGAAUUAUCCCCGGGGGGAAUCAAGCGAAAGUGUGUGUGUGUGUGCGCGAGCGGUCGAGUGCAGUUUUUUUUUCUUAUUUUAAAUGCGUGAAGAAAAGAAAUGUGGCUGGCGUAAAAUGUGCGAUGGUGGUUGUCGGUUUUUUAAGUGAUUCAAUAGUGUGUGUGUGUAAGUGAUACGCAAUACCGUUGGUUGCAUUUGGCUGCGAAAGAAUGCUGCUUGUAUAGGCUCAGAUCUCAGAGGCAUAAUAAGAACAGGGUAUGGGAGAAUGCAGCAGCUUUGGGUACGAAAAUGAGGAAUAAGCUUUUCGAGAAUUUUGUAGAAUAGAAUGCGAACAAGGAAGCAAGGGGGUAUUCGUUUGUGCACCUUUUGACAAGCUGCGUUGAUGUGAGAGAACGUUGAUGCGCGCAAAAGAAAAAAAUCGAGUGUAUGUAUGAGGCAUGAAAAACCACGAAGAGACUCCAAUACUAAUAAUAUUGUAAUAUGGAAUGCGAUUUACGAUUGAUGAGAUCAGCUACAACUCUCACUCAGCAACAACAACAACAAAAAACCACGGCAGUGCUAAAUCGUAGUCGAUUUGGAAAGAUAUUUUAGCAAACAGACGUCAGCUAGCAAACGCGCUCUGCUACAACAACCUCAGAAGGACCUUCUCUUUUCUUAUCACUUGAACACAUCAAUUUGCUGUGCGUUCGUGUGCGUGCGUGGUUGUGUCUGCGAUGGGGGAGUAAAGCAGCAUAUUACACACACAAAAAAAAUUAAAUGAACUUUGUUCCUUGUGGUGACAGGCAGGCAAAAAAUCACAGCCCCACAAUACACAAACGAAGCUGGAAUGCGAUAUAUAAGAGUAAACGUACAUAAGGUAUGAUAGUAAGCAUAUAAGAGAAUACGUACGAUCAUCAACAUGGCGCCUCUCGACAAAACGUAAACAAACGUAAUCAUUCUUCACACAUCGGAUUGAUACAAAAAGGACGUUGCGCGCGUGUGCGUGAGUGUUUGUGUUAACUACAAGUAGGCGAUGCAAUAUACUGCAGCACAGCAGCACACCGGCGAUCGAGUAUGUGCCCGCGAGUGUGUUUUUAUGAUUUGUGCUGUAAGAGCGCGCUGGUGUGUGUGUGUGUGAACAUAAUUUCGAACUUUCCGUUAAUCGUAUCCUUUACGAUGAAAAUAAAUUAUAUUUACAAGUCACCGAAGCUGGAAAAGAGAACGAAAGCACAACACACUCUCACUCUCUCACACACACACAUAGAUACUCCCAUACAUAAACAGUGAAAUAAGUAGAGCAAAUAUGCUACCAUGUUACAAAUAGAAAGUAAUAUACGAACGCCAGCAGCGUACAAGGAAAGUUUGCCGGAAACAAUCUCAAACGUUAGGAAAGUAAUUCAGCACAUAAGCACGUAAAUGGUAUCGCGCAAAUGAUAUCAGCAACAAACGCUCCCCGCGACACACGACGCUUAUUCGAAAUUUCAAUUAAGAAAAUGACGGUGAAUAGAAGCCAGCAACACAGCACUUUGCAACAGUUAGGAAAAGUAUGAACAUUUAUGUUGCUAUACCAUCCACCCCUCCCCACCCACCUACACUGUCCUAUGCAGGGCGGGGGACGGCCGGUCAAACAGCAAAUACUACUACCAUCUGCUACACACGCGCGGGCAGUAUAAAUGUAUUCAAUAAAGUUUGAAACAAAACAAAUCUAACAUAACCUCCCCCCUCACCCGGUAACCACCAAUAUGGACCUUUUGCCGACGGUUUGAUUGUGACCGACGAAAAGAAAAGAAAAAAACAAAUUGAAUGUGUGAAUGUGUAACGGAUAAAAUAAAAGUGUCCAAAAGAAACGUUCGUAUGUUGAGCUGUAUGCAGCGCUAAAGAUGCUAUAAUAAGAAAACAAACCGUGCGGUAUAUAGUGCUUAUGUGUGAGUGUAUGACGGCGUAAGAUCGGCGUGUUGGUGGUACGUUGGGACACUCUGUAACCACCAAACCUCAGUCCGAGAUAAAUCUUACCGAUGUAUCGCCGCAGGUGUUCUCAACCAUCGCAGCCUACUUAUGCUGCGUGUGUGCGGAGGGAUUGGGUGUGGGGAGUCAAAGCUGGGGCGCACUGUCAAACAAAAAUUGAACUCUCGGUUCACACAGCGCUGCGCCUACUGCGAUGUGUGUGUGUGUGUGUGAUGCAGGUCUCAACAGCAUCCUUGCACGAUCCUGGCCGGGUGUGGUUGUUGCCGUACGCCGUACGUUGCCCCAGCGUUCGAAUAGCAAAAGUGUUUAUAUUUACUACGACAGUUUUAUACUUCGACGUGCAAUUAGGAGUGCAAAACGAUUCGCAAGGAAGCGGAUUCACGAAAUGGUUGUGUAAUGUGUGUUCUGUGUGCGUAGGCAACAUUGUUGAUGAGUUGUGUUGCACAUUGUUCGUCGGACAGCGAUCGUCGCUAUGGUGUGUGUGUGUGUGCGUGUGCUGGAUGCGAUGCAUAUUAGAGUGCAAUAUCUAAACGACGAGCUUAUUUUUUCAUACCCAUGAACUUACCGUCCACCCCAUGCAUAUGCAUUAUGCAUACGACCGCCUAAAAUACACACACACCGUCGGCGAGCCUGAAGUGCGUCGUGUCGAUCGAUCUAUGAAAUGUGCAAUGAUCAUCAUAUAGAAGAAAAAAAAUGGCUCGUGAAACAAAUGGCACCCAUUUUUGGUGUACAAAGCAAAAAGGACCCUUUCCUUUGAUAAGGACUUCCACCCAAACCAAACACUGUUGCCUAGCAUAUCCGAGAGCAGUGUGGUUGAUUUGAAGAAAGUGCAUCCCUUUUUACAUGUAUGUAUAACCCUGCUGAUGGGUUUGCUGGUGUCUGGAUGGAUGGCCAAAAACGUGAAACAGUGAAAACCGGAAGAGUGAGUGCGAGAGAGAGAGAAUUAAGAGACUUUUUUUAAAUUUUGGAAUCAAAAUCCAUCUCUUUACACGGUGAUAGAUUCUAUGAAUCUUGCGCUUGCUAGAACGACCAAUAGACAGGAAGCGUGAUCUUACUCUAUUGUGUCUCCUGCAAGUUUACACUUUCCAUGAAAGUGGCGGAACACCCCGUGCUUUCACCGUACAAUCGUAUCGAUGAUGUGCCGAAACCACUUGCCAAAGUCGGUGAAAGAUUUCUUGCCUCAACAAUCCUCCCUGUGUGGAAGACAUUCCCACCAACUUAGUUUGCAACCCACCGAGCAGAUUGGAUGUCGCUGCCGAAAAAUCAGCCGCAAAUACCCGUACCAACCGUGCAACAUCCGUUAGAAGCGUCCGUACACGUGACGGUUAUCCUGCAACGCAAGAAGUCUUUUCCGUUCCUUUAAAUCUUUUAGGCAGUGGUGCCCCAAGAAUUGAAAAAUAUCCUGUAAAAGCAAAGCAAAAAAGAGGAGGAUAUCGAGUUAGAGACAUUAGGUCUAGCAUUUGGUGAUAAAUCUUCCUUACUUUCGACUAAAUCUAACGUAAAUCUCUGUAGCUUUGCGCCGUGAUCGAGUGCGCGAAUAAGCAUUUAGCUAGUGCCUGUGUUUUAUUGAAAAUUUUACAUUAAAAACGCUUUUUGAACCCGACAGUACACAUUUUACAUCUGCGGUCUCCUGGAGUGUCGCAAAUUCCAGGAUAUAUCUAUAUAUACAUAUUUCCUUAAAAGAAGAAAACAGUCUAGUAAAGUCACGUCUCAUUUUUUUGAAAGUGAUAUACCUAUUUUAGUUCCUUACAUUUGAAACCUGCAUAUCAAAGAACGAUCAUGUCAAGCGAGUGUGUGAAACGAUAGAAAACAAAACUAUCUGAUACUAUUUAUAUUUGUGCUAGAUGGAUAGGGUUUAGUGGAAUAUAGAUGCUGUUUGCCGGAAGAGGAAGAGAAGGCUUGUGCGAACAAGCUGUUUGCACACGACUGUGGAGGUUUCCUUAAACCAAUUAGACCAUUUUAAAUGUGAGUAGGUAACUGUGCUGCAUCCCUUCGAUGUCCAGUAACAAAGUAGGGAAAGAGGAUUAUUUAUUACAUAUAUACAUGUAAAAACUAUUUUCUCGAUAUCAGCAUA